CUCAAUCAUAGCCCGUGCGAUCGGCUAAUCCCGACCAAGUGGAGACUUUUAAGAACAAUCUUAUCUUCCUGACAGCCACUCCCCUCCAUUUGCUGCACUCGACUACAACCCUCUGUGCUAGUAGUACUCACAAUGACUUCAUUCGCUCCCGCCAGAUCCCUCGGUCCCGGCAUGACGCUGCAGCCCCCGCUCUCGCGCUGCGGCCGGGGACCCGGACUCGUCCUGCUGCGCCCGCACAGCCAUGCCAUUUGCGACGGCCAGAAUACCGGGCUGGAUCCAGCGCCGGUGCAGAAGUGGGCCGAGGAGAGCUACGCCGUGGUGCAGAUUACUAUAGACGAGAGCGAGUCGCUUCGUGAACGGGUGAACCAAGCGGUUGACGAGCUGCGUUCUUUGCCAGAGUGCGAUCAGGAGAAACUCGGCCUGUUGGUCUACGGCUCGACCGAGGAAUACCCUCCCUCCUUUGCGUCUGUUCUGCGUGAAAGCGCCCCGUCCUUCGCUGCCGCCGUGUCCUUCGCAGACCAUGGCAUCUCCGACAUCCCAGUCCUUCUGCACCUUGCACCACCCACGGACCAGCCCCAAACCCAACCGACCAAAGUCUACACCUACCCCGAAGCCUCGUCCCCGCAGUUCAUCCUCCCGGGCCAUGGCGACUUCAUCGCCGCGGCGGCAGGCGUCGCGCACUCACGCUCUCUCACCUUCGUCAAGAAGUAUCUCGACGGACCGUACUUCGACCUCGAGAAGAUCUGGGACGAGCACACGUUCUACGAGUUCGAGGAGCGGUUGGUCGAGAAGACGAUGGCGACGAUGGUGCAGGAGCCGUAUGUGAAUCAUACGACGACGUUAACCGGCGGUAUUGGCCGCGCCAAACUGAGCAACUUCUACCUGAACCACUUCAUCUUCCAGAAUCCGAAAGAUACCCGGCUCGAGCUGAUCAGUCGCACGGUCGGGGUCGAUCGUGUGGUCGAUGAGUUUAUCUGCCAUAUGACGCAUAAUAUGAAGAUCGAUUGGAUGCUCCCCGGCCUCCCACCCACCGGGAAACCACUGCAGGUCCCCUUCACGGCGGUGGUCAACAUCCGCGGCGACCGGCUCUACCACGAGCAUAUUGCCUGGGACCAGGCGACGGUACUGGUGCAGCUGGGUCUGAUGCCGCAGUAUCUGCCGUAUCCGUAUGCGCUGGACGGACGCGAGCCCGGGGUGGGCAAACGGUUCGAGUAUCGGGUUCCGGCGGCGGGGGCGGAGUGUGCGGCCAAAUUGCAGAAUGAGCAUUUGGUGGAGUCGAAUGGGAUGUUUGCAGGCAAAGCCAUCGCCCAGCGCCUCAUCCGAGAAAACUACUCCGUCUGCAUCAACGACACGCCCUCGUCGACCGCGGAGAUCCAAUCCCUCGUCCACGACCUCAACUCAUCCCAGUCCCAGUCCCAAAGCCCAUCCCGCCCAAACGCAAUCGGCAUCCCCGCCGACGUCACCUCCCCAUCCGCCGUCUCCGCCAUGGUCUCCGAGACCGUCCGCCAACUGGGCCCGCUCACCCUCAUGGUCGCCAACGCGGGCAUCGCGCAGGUCAAGCCCCUUCUGUCGUGCAGCUCGGUGGACAUCGAGCGCCUGUUCGAGGUGAACUUUAACGGCGUGUUUAAUUGCUACACCGAGGCUGCGAGGCAGAUGAUCGCGCAGGGUCCGCCUUCUACCCCUGCCGGCCCCGGAAGUAGUGGUGAUAGUGCAGGAGUCGGCGUAUACAAAAUCCUCGGCGCGGCCUCCAUCGUCGCGCACAAACCCUUCGCAACCCUGGGCCUCUACUCAGCGAGUAAAUUCGCCGUCCGGGGCCUAACGCAGGCGUUUGCCAUGGAGAUGGCCCCCCAUAACAUCACGGUGAAUGCGUACGCGCCGGGCAUCGUGGACACGCCGAUGUGGGAGGGGAUCGACGCCGGGCUGGGUGCGAUCCAGGGCCGAGCGAAAGGCGACAGUAUGAAGGUGUAUUCGGAGCGGUUGGUGGCGCUGGGGAGGACGAGUCAGCCGGACGACGUGGCAGGCGUCGUGGGUGGUUUUCUAGCGGGGAGGGAUUCGGAUUACGUUACGGGGCAGACGGUGGUGGUGGAUGGGGGGGUUGUUUUUACUUAACUUAGGGAUUUACUAUUCAGGUGUCUGGCUUUUGUCUCGUUUCGCAUGGUUUCUAAUAUCGUGCUGCCUAGUUUGUCUCAUCCUGUCUUAUAUUUCUAUCGUGGCAGCCUAAUACUGCGCUAGUCCCACCCUCGCGAUAACCUCAAUGGCCAAGCUUUCGGCGCUGUCACCCCUGAAUUCGCUGGUUUAAUCAAUUGCUCCGUCGCUGAAUGCCACCGUCGCAUUGUUUGACUCUGUUGGCCCCACGGAGUAGUCUGUCCACUGCGCAGCCACGAUAGAGGUUUCAGGCAGUUGUGGUAACUUGUCCCUGGAUUCUGGAUGAAUUUUUCUGUCGCAGGAGAACCGUUUGAUCUGCGAACGAACAAGAAUAAAAUCAAACAGAUCGGCACACUCCUGCCUAUCCAGACAGUUCUCGCGCCAUCGUGUCGCAGAAUCCCGUCAAAGCUUGUCGUGG